AACGGCACGCCAACCACCUUAAAAUGCUCUUUAGUUAGCUUUCACAUUUCUCCCCUUUCCUGGUUUUUAAAAGAAUUAAAAAAAAAACACACGAUGUCUGAAAUUUUGUGUCGAUGGAUCAAUUCAGAGCUUAAAUUAUCAAAAUGUGUCGAUCCGAAAACGCUUUCAGCGGAUUUCGCAAAUGGAUACCUGAUAGGCGAAAUGUUGUAUAAAUACCAGCUUCAGGACGAUUUCGACCAAUUUUCAAAAGGCAGGACCGCAAACGCCAAGCUGAAUAAUUACACCCGGAUAGAGCCCACACUGCAGCUGCUUGGAGUGGCGUUUGAUGCGGGCUUUGCGCAGGCCCUGAUGCAGGAGGUCCCAGGUGCUGCCACACGGUUGCUCUACCAGCUCUAUGUCCUGCUGGAGAAGAAGAGGCGAGUGGGUCUGACGGGUGCCAUCAUGGAAACCAUGCAGCCUGCUGCCACAGCACGCCUGCAUCGCAUGGAGAGGGAGGUCUACAAUGAGCGCCUCAGGACUGUGGUCAAGCGUGAGGCGGACAAACAGCUUCAGAAGAUCUCCCAGAGGUAUGAGUUCCGAGGGCAUGAGAUGUUCCGGAGGUCCACCAGGGUGCAGCGUGAAAAGCAGCAAGAGAUGCAGAAGGUUGACAGGGAUAUGCACCUUAAGGAGAUUGAAGAGCGCCAGCUGACUCGCAGGAAGGAGCAUGAGCUCAUGGUCCAGCUCCAGAACACGGCUGCCCAGACCCCUACGGCCCCGACCAAGCAGUCCCUGAGACCCCCGGAGCGUCAAUGGCGUCAGGACCGAAAGCAGAAAGAGGCCCAGGAUGUUCAAAGAGAGAUUGCCCGAUUUGAGAAGAAUUUGAAAAAACAACUUCCUGUAGAGAGCCUCUCUUCAAGCGAGGGCCUAUGGCCCGAGGAGGUGGCCCUAACCAGCAGCGAGUAUGUCCUGAAGAUCCGCCAGCGGCUGGAGCGGGACGCGGCGGCCCGGGAGCAGCGAGAGAAGCGGCGGAGGCAGGCGCUCGUGAGGCAGCUGCAGGCCCAUGAAGAACAGCAGGAGGCGAUCCGUGACGAGCAGCUGGUGGCCCGUCUGACCCGGCAGACCAAGCAGGAGAGGCGCAUCGUCGUGCAGCUCAUGCAGAUCCAUCAGCAGAAGGAUGUCCUGCGGCAGAACCGGAUUUUCCGGGAGAAGCAGUACCAGGAGCAGCGCCUGCGGGACUUUCAGGAAGCUCUUGACCGAGAGGCGGCCCUGGCCCAACAGGUCCGUUUGGAGCACACAGACGAGCUGCGCAGGGAAAAGGAGAUGCAUGACCGCAUUGCAGCCGAGCGGGCCCAGGCACGGCACAGGAAGCACUUUGAUGCCUGCCAAGACAUCCUUGGACAGAUGGUGGACCUGGCAACCCGGGUCGGGGAGUUCCGCUUGCUCACUGGAAACCGGAUCCCAGCCAAGCUGAUGCGGGAGUGGAAGGAGCUGUUUUUCCAUGGUAUGCCACUGUAUGAGGGGGGUGCUGUUGAGAACCCUGCCUCAGAGCCCACCCAGGAGCAGGCCAGGGAGACAGAACAGCUGGAGAUUCUCAACAACCAGGACUACGAUGAGUAUACAUCUAUGAUGGGUGAGUGGGUGUGGCCAGGGCAAGGUGGCAGCAAAGAACCUCCACUCAACAACUGCAUCCUGGCCCAUGUAGUAACCCGUCUGCAGGCCAUCAUAGAGUCCCCUAAGGUGGCCACCCCUCCAUCCUUUGUCCUGGGUUUCACCCUUAAGGCCUGUGUCCUGGGAAAGCCCUUUGCAGGAAAGACCACCUGUCUUGCUCGGAUUAGCCAAAUCCAUGGCAUCCAUAUCCUGUCAGUGAGCAUUCUGGUCCAGGAGGCCCUGGAAGCCUUUCGGACAGGAGAGGUGGUCCUGGGUACACUUCUGGAGGAGGUUGAGUAUCAGCCUCCAGAGAGCAGAGUCUCCUCCAGUGAAGACUGUGAGGAGGUGAAGAAUGAACAUGGGAAAGGGCAGGACGUGACUGAGUCUAUCGAGUCAGGCCUUCUUUCCCAUCAUUCUCAGCAGCACCUGACCCAGAAAAAGGAGCCCAAGUCUAAGCUCUCAGUAAGGGCCCAACAGGGAGCAGCAGCAGAGAAGAUCCUCAGGAAGGGAAAGGCCAUCCCUGAUGAGCUCUUGGUGGAGAUCAUCGUGGAAGCCAUCAGACGGGUUCCUUCCGAGUUGGGCUGGAUCCUGGAUGGGUUCCCUGUACACUUGAACCAGGCCAAGCUUCUUGAGAAGGCUCUGUGUGGGUUCAACCCAGAUGAUGGCAGCAAGAAGCAAAGGAACAGGGAGCCCAACCUUGCUGUGGACCCAAACACCCUAAAGGAGGCCCCGCCCCCCCCACCAGUGCCGGAUGUGGUUUUGUUGCUGGACGUGCCUGAUGAUCUGGUCCUUGACCGUGCUGCAAAGCAAGCAUUCGAGCAGGGUGGUAGCGGACCAGCUAAGGAAGAGUCUGGGACGGAGGCAGCUCCAGUGGCAGAGGAGGAAGCCUCAGCAAAACCACAGAACAGUGAAAAAGCAGCAGCCCUUAAACCAAAGGGCCUGGACAUGAGCCAGGUCCAGCGCAGACUCACUGCUUUCCAUGGCAACUGGCCCAAACUGGAAAAAUGGUACUCAAGACGACAGGAUAUCCUAGUGAGGGUAAACGCAGAGGAAGAGCUAGACGUGGUCUUCAAGGAGGUGGAGUCCAUCCUCUAUAAGACCAUGCUGCAGCAAGCUGAUGGGGCAGGGAGUCAGGCUGAGGAUGUCACAGCAGCGUCUGCCCCUGAGGAUCCUCAUGACAGGGGCACCGGCACCACUGAGCUUCCAGCUAACCCGCCUGCAGAUGUGGCUUAUGUGGAUGAGCCGCUACCUAAGGAAAUCCCAGAAUACCUUGCUCCCCACUGGCAGAAUGUGUGUACUUCAUAUGUGACCAACAUCAAGACCGUGAUGCAGAACGUGCGUGCCCAACGCAGCCAGAUCAUCCAACACCUGUUCAACAUCAGAGAGGAGUUCAAACAGUACCUGAAGAGGCCAGAUCUGAAGCAGGAGUUUGUGGUCCAGUGGCAGCGGGAGUACAACAACAUCCCACGGGACAUGAGAUCUGAUGGGGAAACCAAAGCGGAGAUUCACCUCCGUCUGGAUGAGCUUAAGGAGCGACUUUGGGACAUCUGUGACCAGCGCAGGGAGGAGGCCCGACGAGAACAGGCAGCCAUUGAGGGGGACGGCUGGAUUGAUGACCACACGGCUAUGCUCAUCAACCACUACGCCGCCCUCAUGCAGGUGGAGCUGGACCGGUUCCAGGACACCAUCUUACUGCUGAGGGACUAUUAUAGCGGGAUGUUGGGUCAGAUCCUCCCGGAGACGGUGGUGCAGUUUUCACACGUCCCCAUGCUGGAUGUCACUGAGGACAAAGGAGAUGUCCACACGGAGAAGGAUGGAGAGGAAAAGAGGACACAAAUAAUCCCCCUGAUCUCGCGGAGGCCUUCGUCAACAGAGGCGAAGCAGAAGGGCUCGAUGGACGGACACCCCAGCGAGAAGCUCUUGGACUCUAUUUGGCAGGCCGCGCUGACAGCUGUCAACAGCCUGGUGGCCGUAGAAGUUCAGCACAGGAAGGCUGCGGAGAAUGAGGAGACCCAGCAGCGGAUGGAGCGGGAGCACCAGCAGAGGGAAUCCCAGGCCACUGUCACCUCCCACAACAUAAAGGAGAAAAAAAAAGGCAGCAGGAAGACAGAUGCUCAGUCUCCAGUACAAGAGCCCAGUCCCUGCCCCCCCAUGGAGGAAGAUGAAGAGGAGAUGCGCAGGAGGGCAGUGAGGGCCCAAAUCCGGCAGGAGCACGCCAUGGCGGUUGAUGUUGAAGACUGCAGGGUGAGAGCACGCCUCGAGCUGAUACAGGCCCGGGCCCUGUCCGUGGUGCGAGACCUCCAGCUGCAGGCCCAGGAGACCUACCAGGCUAUGCGGGACGAGCUGAGUGCCCGCUUCCUGGCAGAGAUGACAAGUAUCGAUAAGCUGGUGGAACUGGUAGGCCAACACAUCGAGUCUGGCUCUCAGAUUAAGUACCAGCUGGUCCUGGAGGGCCCCGACUUCUUCAUGGACAGGGAGAAGCGUGUGGUGGACCCCCCAGCGCCCCCUCCACGCCCACCCCCGUGGGAGCUGCCACAGGACAGCACUCUCACCAUCCUCCAGUUGAGGGAGCUGCACACUCAGUUUUACAAGGUUGCCCCAACAGGUCAGCUGUGCGCAGUGGAGUUCUCAGAGAUCCUUCGAUGGCUUGUCUCACUGCACAUGGGCAGUGAUACCUUGCCCAAGCUCUGGAAGUGCCUGUCAGAAGCUCAGAUCCUGAACCUGGUAUCAGCGUUGAGCCAGGACUCGGAGCUGCUGGACUGGCGCAGGUUCCUAUUGAGUGCAGCCAUGCCCUGGCCCGUCCCUACCCAGGCCCAGCUGCUGGAGGUUCUUGCCCAGUUCCGGGCAGCUGACCCCCAGGGCACAGGCUUCGUCACAGAGGAGUCAUACCUGCAGACAGAACUGUGGUUCCCCAGUGAGAGGAGGUUGCCAUCCCCAGAUGACCCCUCUGAGCCCCUGCCAUACGAUCGCUUGGCUAACCUGAAGAAGUUUUUCUUCACUUUGUUUGCGGACCACACCCUCUCGCCUCCCCGACUCGACUACGAGGCCGUUCUGCUGUACUUCGCCAUGCACCCCGAUUGUGAGCAAGGCUGGGUGCGAGCCCUCAGCGUGGUCACGGGACAGCUGCUGAGAUGCCGGCCCUGCAGAGCCCCACUGCUGAAGGUAACACCCUCGCAAAAACAAACGAAAGUGAGAACCCAACGUGGGCUGAGAACUGUAGCUGACUCACACAUUCAGAUUAAUUUAUUUAGCACAAGCUUCCAAAGCUACAUACAAAUCAGAGCAGGGUCAGUCAACAGCCAUGCUUACGGGUCUGUCCCUAGGGACCGUCAGCCAACAGCCAUGCUUACGGGUCUGUCUCUAGGGACCGUCAGCCAACAGCCAUGCUUACGGGAUUUCAGGAAAGUCUAUGAAGAGCUUGGAUUUGGAGCUGAAGAUGAGGUCCCCUUCUCGUUGCUGUCCCAGCAUCCUACGCUGCAGGAGUUGAUGGAGAGCUCCGUGCAGUAUCAGCUAACUAUGGUGCUCUAG